AACCUUUCUUUCCUGUCUCAAGCCAAACACUGCGCUUAAAAUUCUUUUCUUUUCUUAUUUUUUCCUUUUUUUUUUUUCAUUUCAAAUUUUAUUUCACACAUACACGAGUUUGUUUUGAAGAGUUGAGUUUGAGCUGAUAGCUGUACAGUUGAGCUGAGAAAAAGAUGAAGCAGUGUGUGAUUCAACAGAAGGGGUUCUCACUUUGUGAAGAGAUCAGAGGCUCUUCUAUGGACCGUAAAGACCCUGUUGUUUGCCCUAAACCUCGCCGUCCUAGCUUCCUAAACGCCGCCGUGCCUGACCUCCCUAUCAGAUCUUUCCGAUGGCAUCUUAACUACCAAUCAGAGCUUUGUGAUUCUAAAGCUGGGACUGAUCUUUUUGAUGCCAUCCUCACAAAGGGUUAUGGCAUGGAGCAAUCUAGCUAUACAGCCCAAGUAGCCUCGUCGCCCCCAUUUUUCAGCGGGUCGCCGCCGAGCAGAGUAGCUAACCCAUUAAUUCAGGAUGCUCGAUUCGGAGAUGAGAAGCUCGCCCCACUGGCAGCGCCACAGCCAAUUCCUCCACCGUCCGGCCUGUCUUCCCCGAGGAAAGGCGGCUGCGUACGGGGCAAUUUUGGGAACAAACCAACGGUGAGAGUCGAGGGGUUCGAUUGUCUGGACAGGGAUAGACGCAAUUGCAGCAUCCCUGCCCUUGCAUAGAGCUCGAUCGUCGAGCUUGAUAUCCAUCUCCAAACGAGUACUAAAAGGUGUAUAGGAAACAAAACUAAACAAAAAAAGAUUUUAAAGUUCGGUUAUAAACAAAAUCACAAUCUUUGAUAGAGAGCGAGAGAGGGGAAUUUUGAAAACCACCACUGAGGGAGAAAACUGAAGAGGGGAGAUCCUUUUGUCUUGUGUAAAUAUGUUUUAAAGGGUUCUCUGUAGAGGUAAAAAUUGUGUCAAAUGUCAUGUAUGUAAAUGAGUUUCUUCUUUGAUUAACUAAAUAAUGAGAAAAGAGUCUAGGGUUUGUAAGGUGUGGGUUUGGGGUUGAGAGAAAAGAGUCUUUGUUGGCGACACCCAUCUCUAUAUUGUAAAGUCUAGUAGUCUCUGAUGGGAUUUUUUCACUGUAUCUCUUUUGUUUACAUGGGUGCUUUAAAAGUGUUCCAAUGAGCAGCUUGUGAAGGGAAUCUGUAAAAAUUAAAGUUGCCGUUGAGUCCAAUCUAAGCAGUCAUUUACAAACACUUUUGUAUAUAUACCAUUUCUACUUCUUAUCA